UCCGAAUUGUGUUCACAACGUUCAAGCUUUGUGUUGUCCACAAAUGAAAAAAGGAGAAUGUUCAAAGCUAAAUAUAAUGGGAAGGUCCGUCCACUUUGCAGCUCAGCUGCCUUUGUCCAUUCCAAACUUAUAGUCUGUACUCUUCAUCUUCCAAUGAGUGGAGAUAGACAGAUUGAUCCAACAGUCGUUCAUCCAUCCAUUGCCCUUCUGCAAGAAAGGUUCAGACAGUUGGAGAGAGCCAAGGAGAUGAGGCAGGAGAAAGAGCUCUUACCGAUGUUGCCUGAAUCAAGGUAGAUCAAUGCAGCUAUAUCUUAGUGCCAUCUAGAUCGCUUUUCCACCCUGAACUCAUGCUUUCACAGCUGCCUCUUCGGUGUACACUCGAAAGAGAAGCCAGUAUGCAGAGCAGGAAUACCCAAGUUCAGGCCAUUCAGACUCCACUAUUGGAGCAUUUAUAGUCCAGAGACAGUGUCAUGUGCACAACUUACCAUGAUGAUAUUUCAGAUGUUGAUACUUCGCU